GAUCGAAUCACGAUCAGUAUUACGAUAGAAUCGUUCCAAGCAGGGUGCAAAACAUAUUUCCCCUCCCGAUAUAGAUCCAUUUUGUUUUUGGGCCUGUUUUUUUGUUUGUUUGCUUGUUGUUGAAUUGUGUCUGAAGCAGUGUGGCAGAGCCUGAUAACAGCAAAUAAGAGAAGAAGAAAAAACAGAACAAACCAAAACUCUGCUGCCGAUCGACCACGGUUUGUGCAACUUCCGACAACAGGCGAUCCGAGUUACCCUGUUGUGAAUAGUGAUUGGCGGAUCAUCUACCGAAGCAGUUCCGGCGAAACCUUAAACUUACCUGCGAACGAAACACUCGACUAGAACAAAUUUCAAAAUGUUCAAGAACCAUCUUGCUAUGAUUGGCAUGAAUGAGACGCCAAACAAAAAGGCCAAGUUUUGGCAGUCAUACAUCAGAUCCUUGAAGGGAUCCGAUGAUAUUCGUGCACACGACACUCCGGCCUACCGGCGACCGAUCCUGCUGUUCGACGAACCGGACACUGCUGUCGGUCGCAUCAACUCGCCCGGCUACCACUACUUGCCGGUACAUCGGGAAACCUACGGUUACUCGCCCCGGCCAAUCUACGACCAUCACUACACGCGUUCGCAGAGAGCACCAAGCGUAAACAGACUGGCCGAUGCCGAGAAAGCCUGGGCUGAUCAUUUGGAGCGGAUGCGGGAUAUUGACCGCAGAUACCCAUCGCGCUACGGCCUGUACCUCAAGGACAAACCAAGCCAGGUAGUAUUUCCGCAGGAGAUGGAGUACGAACCGGAGACGAAGCCGCUCUACUCGACGCUGCACUAAGCGGGGGAAAUGGCGUUUGGUGCUAAAAGCUUACUGAACCCUCUCCCUUACACACUGUUUCCAUCCUUACAAAUGUUUUCCCGUAUUUUUUCCACCCCUCUCCCCCCCCCCCCCUCGGCCUCCAAUCCACACGGUCACCCACAAGUCCUAUGAAAGUAGCCCGAUAGUCCGGUUUUUUGUUUUGUUUUUGUUUUUUCCUCUCUCAGUGUGGUAAGCUUUAACAGACGCAACACACUAAAAAGGCGAUUAACAAGGCGAACCAAGAUGUGUAUGUAAAGCAGACCGGCAGCUGAAGUAACGAAUGACGCAGCGUUACCGGUCGGUUAAGCGCGAUCAUACCUUGGCCACUUGGUGGGGUAUGAGAGACAGCUAGCUAGAGAGAGAGAGAGUCGAAGUUGUAAGCAAAAACCUCAACAAAACAAAACAUGAAAAAAAAGAACAAAAUGAGAUGGAAAAAGUUUACUCCUUUUAAAAGGUACCGACUUGUUUCUCACACAAAAAACAAACACAAAGAAAAAAAGAAGAACCACACAUACACACAAAAAACACACACACAAGAGAGAAUCUAUUAAAAUCUCAAUCAUGCGUAAUCACUAACAAUCUUGAUAAAAAGGACGAACGAUAUUGUGUAUUAUUUUCUGUUGGAUUUUCUUUUUGUGUUCUACUGUUUUAAUGCAUAAACGAUUUCUAAAACUCCCAUCUAAAAACCAAAACCAACAAAAAAAAAAACAAACCAAAAAAAAAUGAAUAAAAACAUGAAAUAUAUGAAUAAAGCGUAAAUAAUAAAAGCGUAAGAAGCAAACGCAGAUGGAAGCAGGAGAGAAAAUCGAGAGAAAAAAAAAAAACAGUAUCAGAAUUGAAAGGUAUUAUUUGUUGACAGGCGUAGAUGGAAGGUGAAAGGUGAAACAAGUAGAUCAGACAACUUCCCGCAAACACAUACAAAAAUCGCUAUCUUACCGAUACCGAUACCUUCAACAACGGAAAGUAACCAAUUUUCAAGAUGGCCCCCUUUGAAGGGAAGAAGGGGAGCGGGGUGAGGUGAGUGUUUUUGGAGGGGAAACACGAAAGGGGAGCACCAACGCAUCAACGUAUAAACAGGAUACAGGAUACAUCACACAUAACAGUAGCUAGCGAUGGAAGCGAUAUUACUUAGCGGUGAAUAGCACGUGGAUGUAGUUACUAUUUCGAAUAUUAGCGACUUUUUUCUUAAUUCUACGUAAUACCCAAUACAUCCCCCUAAUCACAUCCUCCCUCCCCCAAGCCCCUCUUCCUCUACCCCACCCCAAAACUCCUCAUCUACUCCUCGCAUCAAGCAUAAUGAUGAGAUUGUAUCGUCCCAUUUCGGUCCCAUUCUCUGCCGCAUGCCCUCUCCAUAUUAGCCACCGCACCACACCUUGUGCCUAAGCCCCGGGAAACUGGCCCUCGGUGUGGCGCCCUCUCGUGGUGAAAGUAGCAGAAGGAAGAAACUAAAAAAAAAUACUAUUUUACGCGGCUGGAAAGCGAAAAAGCGUAUGGGAUCAAUUUGGCACGAUAUUAAUAUGCGUGUGAGUGUGUGUAUGUGUAAGCUUAUAUUAGCAAACAUAUACUAAACGAAACCGUGAAUAAAGAAGAAAAAAAGAAACAAUAUUACCAGCCAUUAAAGAAAAAAAAGAUAUAUAAAGAAAAAGAGAGAGAGAGAAGGGAAGGAUGGGAGAAAGGGGGUAAAAGAAUUGUUACAACAAAAAAAAUAUGGAUGCUACGGCUAUGUGGCGUUGCCUCUCGUAAGACGCGUUUAUAAUAACAAUUGUGAGAAAAAAAAUAAAACAGAAUUAUUACUUCAAAUAAAA